AGCCAAAGGUCUUACCCACUAAUCAGAAUAAGGAAGCCGUCUGUGAUGGUCACCAGACAUGGCGCUCACAGGAUGGAUACUACUGCUCCUUGUCAGCUCGGUCAAAGCCAAUUUUAGUCCCACGUUCAACAGUCAAGUUCAUCACGUGUGUGAAGACACCCCAGUUGGGGAACUUGCAUUUGUUAUAAAUGCCACAGACCCAGAAAAUGACCCACUGACCUACUCGAUCUCCGGGGUCAGUGCUGCAUUUUUUGAGGUUGAAGUAAACACUGGAAGAGUCACAGUAAAAACUCCUCUUGAUACAGAGGCUAGUUUUACCCUCACACUGGACGCUACCGUCUCUGAUGGCACCACUCCCGUUUCCGCAACAUUAAUUAUAAUACUAGACGACACCAAUGACAACAUACCUUUGUUUAGCCAGUCUAACUAUGACAUAUCAGUCCCAGAAAAUGCACCCAUUGGUAGCAAUCUGUUUAAAGUCUCUGCCACUGAUCUCGAUGGAAAUCCCAUCACAUACCGCAUCACAGAGGUAACACCAACUCAGGGAUCGGAUCUGUUUGAGAUUGGCCAGUUUAAUGGUGAAGUGAAGCUAAAGGGACGUCUCAAUUACACCUCGCUGAGUACCUUUUAUCGGCUUAAGAUUACAGCAACUGAUGAAGGAAUAUUAUGUUAUGUAAAAGAGCCACAUUCCAAAAACAACAGUGUUUUCUCCUUCAUCACGGUUAAGGACGUAGCAGACCUCGACCCAAUUUUCAUCAACAUUCCCAGUGACCCAAGAGUUGAAGAGAAUUCUCGAGUGGGUUUGUCUGUGCUUGAAGUAACGGCCAUAGAUCAGGACACAGGAGUCAACGAUGACAUGAUCUACAGCAUCGUAGAUUCCACAGAGGAUGGCUUAUUUGAAAUCUCAAGAAAGGAAGGCGUCAUAUCUGUGUCUUCAAACAUUGAUAGAGAGGUUACUGGUGAUACUGUGAUUCUAACUCUGAAGGCCACUGAGUCAAAUCCAAACAUCCAUGGAACAUAUUCCAGCGCAACAACAACGGUUCAGAUCACCAUCAUUGAUGUCAACGAUAACCCUCCUCAGUUUUAUAAGUGUGGAGACCCCUGUGAGAAAGCAACUGACUUUACAGGAGAAGUUUUAGAACACACGCUGGUUUCUGUUUCAUUCAAUAUGACAGUCAUAGAUCCUGAUAAGAUUUCACACACUGAAUUAAGCCUGGAGGGAGAAGACAAGAAUGUGUUUUCUGUGGAGCCUUCAUCCACCACGACACAAAGCAUCGUCCAGCUCCGUGUCAGGCAGCCAGAAAACCUGGAUUAUGAGAAAAAGCAUCAAAUGGUUUUUCAGCUAACUGCCACAGACAAAGACAAACCCAACUUCCGCUCUACUGCGACAGUCACUAUAAACAUAAAGGACGACAAUGACAACAGCCCCACAUUCCUUAAGGACACAUAUGAGCUGGAAGUGGCUGAGCACGCUGCUGUGGGGACAGAACUUGCCACGAUUACCGCAGAUGAUCCUGACACGAUGGAUCAAGGCAAUAUCACCUACAGGCUUCUUCCAGAAAGCAUACGUACCUUAUUUGAUGUUGAAGAGCACACAGGCAAAGUCUACGUGAAAAACGACACUCUUCUGGACCGUGAGGUCAGAUCUCUUUACUCAGCCACCUUGCAGGCUAGGGACUCGGAUGGCAAGCCGGGCUCCACGGUACUGGAGAUCACUUUGACAGAUAUCAAUGACCAGCCUCCAGUCUUCAGUCAAAAAUAUUACAGAGAGUUUGUGGAAGAGGGCAAGCAGCUUGAAUUGAGCAUCGAGGCCACAGACAGAGACGAGCCCGGUACUGUGAACAGUGAGAUUCUGUUCAGCAUAGACCCAAGCACAUACAGCAACAACUUCACCAUAGAUGGAAACACAGGAGUGCUGAGAAACAAAGGUGAACUGGACCGGGAGGCACUGGAUCCAGAGCUCAAUGGAGAGGUGAAGUUUAACGUCACUGCCACAGACCAAGGAACCCCCCCACUGUCCAGUUCAGUCCCAGUUAUUAUAAUUGUGCAGGAUGUUAAUGAUAACUCGCCUAAAUUUGAAGACAACUCUUACAGUUUCUCUGUUAAAGAAGGAGAAAAGGGUGCAUUAGUUGGCACAGUUCACGCUGAGGAUUUGGAUCAAACGGCAGACUUCAAGCGUAUUUCCUUCAGCAUUGCUGAUGGAAGCUUUGGCAGUUUCACCAUUCGGACCUUUCCGGAUGUGAGAGGCUACAAAGGAAACAUUUCUGUGGACCAGGACAUCGAGCUGGACUAUGAGACACCACCUAACCGUUUCAGACUGGUGGUGGAAGCAGCAGAUCUGGAACAAAAGACAGCCUCUGUGGUGGUGGAUGUGAACGUGCUGGACGUGAAUGACGAGAGGCCCCAGUUCAAGCCAACAGAACCCGUGUCUGUGAAGGAGAACACCACCAUCAGCAAGCCUGUUGGGAGGUUCACGGCACACGACAAAGACACCGACCAUUUCCUGGUCUUCCACCUGGAAUCUGUCACCUGCAGAUGUAAUGACUCGCUGACACCCUGUGAGUGGUUCACCCUCGACCCAAAUGGGGAUGUCAGAGUCAACCCAGCCCACACAGUGGAUUAUGAGCAGUGCGUUCAAGCUGUGGUGGAGGCCCAGGUGGUGGACGAGAAGACAGAGAAAGGCCAAAAUAACAGCGUGACACCAGGACAAAUGCUGAUCAACAUAGAGGACAUCAACGACAACACUCCUCAGUUCAUCUACUCAGACGCUGUCUUUGUCGUGGUGUCCGAAGGAGCAAAUAAAGGAACAUCCAUUGCCAGAGUCACUGCUUCCGAUUUAGACUCUGGAGUAAACAAGCAGAUUGACUUUAAAGUACAGACUGUCAGGUUUGUGGACAAGAACAACCAAAUAUCCAACAUGAGCGUCGUGUUCGAGGCCAUCACUUCACAACAGAAGGAUAUUUUUGUUGGACUGAUUCAAACUACUAAAAGCCUUGAAAUAAACCUGAAAGGAAAAUAUUUGGUAACAGUCACAGCGACUGAUACUGGAGGUCUGCAGAGCAGCACUGUAUUGGAGAUCUUCACCGUCGAUCAGGAAUUUAAGGUUAAGUUUGGAUUUGUAGUUUCUGUUCAGGAGGUUGAAGAGAGGCGUGAUAAGAUCACCAGGGUGCUCAUGCAAGCCACAGGCGCUUCGGUUGAUAUUGUUUCUAUCUCUGAAAUGAAAACUGCCAAGGAUGAAACAAACAGUGUGAAGACAAUGGUGGAGGCAUACUUCGUUUUCCCAAAUGGAACGGCUCUCAGAGAAGAAGAAGUGGAAGUGAUGAUCGUGAAAUCUGAAUAUUUUUUUGCCCUGAGAGACCUUGGUCUUGCUGAUAUUGGUGCGUCUGGUGACAAUCAACAGCCAACAAACCCAAUUCAGUACAUCCUUCUGGGGAUUGUUGGAGGCCUCGUCAUAGUGUUGGCUGUGCUCACCACCUCGCUGUUGUGCACUCGCAGAAGCUACAAGAGGAAGCUGAAAGCAGCUAAAGCAAUGAACUCUGCAUCUAUGGUGACUUCUGACAACCAGAAAGGAGGCACGGCGGUACCUGGCACCAACAAGUACACCAUGGAGGGAGCUAAUCCGGUGCUGAACCUCCACAUCAACUCAGCUAUAGCUUUAGAUUUAGAUGGGGAGAGCUCAGACAUGGACAAAGUCAGUUUCAAUUCCCUAGAUGAUCAUUGUGAGAUGAUGACCACUGACUCAAAUCCCGACAUGCAAACCAUCGAGGAGGAAGAAGAACCUAGAGGCCCUUCAGGCUACAACGAGGCUCUGGGUGCAGCGCUGGCCCAGGUGGGCCCAAGGAAAGAUGCCAAAAAGGCCGACACUGGCUUUACCAACCCUUCCUUCGACACGACUGACUUGUGAUGGACAUUAAAGAGGCUCAGACAAAAUCAGGCAAACCAAACCAAACAUUUUCUGUGUUGGAUGUUGUUGUUUUUCAAAUAGAAGUUUUAUUCUGACCAGUUGGAAUGUUAAAGUGAGUCUGACUUCAAUCAAGCAAUUAUCUCAAGAAAGUAAAACUGCCCACAAGGAAAAACCACAGUUCAGAGUAAUUAGGCUGUUUUAAAAAUAUGAAACAUCCCAGUUGUAAUCGUACGGCUCGACUUUGUCCAGCUCCUGUUAACUGAAGCUUCGCGAGUACUGGAGGGAACCGUUUCUCCCAAGAUGGCAAAUUUCAACACAUUUUUCAACCAACAAAUGGGAAAGCAAACAAAAUCAAAGUUGCACAAAGAAUCACUUUAUUUCUGUUAAAGGUUUUUGGAUUUGUUUAAAAUAAACUAAAUUAUAUACAAGUCAAGACACGUCGCUGACCUCCAGCUGCAGCUGGAAAGGUGAUGAUAAAGUUAAAUAUCAUGUAAGGUAUGAUGGAAACCAUUUAUUUAUUGGAGCAUGUCAGCCAGGACCGUCCCUCCGGUGUCAGUGCUUACCUGCUCUCUGCAGUUUUAUUCACCAAGAACCAAAAGAAUGUAUCGUGUGUCCAAAUAAAAACUACAUCUGUUUCUUC